GAUCUUAAAAAAAUAGAUUCUAUGAACCGACCGACGGGAGGGCGUGACGUCACCGACGUAGGACGAAGGUGCGCCACCGACAAGGAGCGCGCACCGCGGCUGCUCAGUUGGUCUGCCAAUAUAAGCCUAUCCUCAACCAACGGCUUCAACUAGAUCUCUACCACCACCAGCACGACCUCCAUCGUCACCAUGUUCCGCCUCUCCCCCGCCCUUCAUCGUUCCCCGCUCAUCCUCAGGCGACAACUUUCCACCACGUCGCGCACGCCGACGCUGUUCCAGUUCAGGUUGAACAAACAGCAGCCGCUGCCCGUGUUCCCGCGUCCGAUGCCGUGCUGCGCGCCCUCUGUGAUCCUGCGAGGGCAGAUCCUCGCGCGCGGGGCCGCGAGCACCGUCUCUGGACGACCGGGCUCACAGACUGCCGCCGAGGCCGCGCAGAACAUCAAGGAGGAGGUUGGCAACUCGACUGCUGACCUUGCCAAAGUCAUUGCGGGUGGGAACGUGUUCCAGGAUGCGGUCAAGCCGACGCAGCAGACUUUCCUUGGAAUCACGGAUGCCGUCGCGCGAGCUGUCCCCCGACCUUAUAUCGUGUUCGGUCUUGCUGGUGGUCUUCCGUACCUCGGUGCGACGGGCGCGACCAUCUACCUUGCACGCCAGGCGGGCAUUGCCACCACAGAAUUGGUAUCCAGCAUUGACCCCGGCGUCGCUAUCACCAUGCUCGACCAUGCGCUCAACAUCCAGACCACGUACGGUGCAGUCUUGCUCUCCUUCCUUGGCGCGCUCCACUGGGGCUUCGAGUUCGCUGGCUAUGGAGGCCACAAAGGGUACUCCCGCCUAAUGCUCGGAGCUGCUCCAGUGGUGUUCGGCUGGUCCACUCUUGCUUUAAUGCCCAUGAAUGCGCUCAUUGCGCAAUGGAUUGGCUUCACCGCCCUGUGGUGGGCGGACUUGAGAGCUACAAAUGCCGGCUGGACACCGGCUUGGUACUCGCAGUACCGCUUUUAUCUGUCGAUCCUUGUCGGCACUUGCAUCAUCGGAUCGCUCGCUGCGACGAGCUAUUGGGGGCCCGUGGGUGGCCAUGGGCUGGUCAGUCACGACUUGAACAUGAUCCGCGCUGAGCGCGAGCAGAAGCAGCCCGAGCGCGAGGGCUUCGUCGGCGGUGAUGUUGAGGCGUUGCCUGCACCGGAGAAUGGAGACUCGUACGUCGUCAUCAAGAAGAAGAGCAACAGCACCAGUGGAUGAAUUGUCCGCAACGGAGAAAUUGCUGCGAACUCAGCUGAGGAUGGAUGGAUACAUCGCUCAACGAGAAGCGGACUUUAAGCCAGGAUGGUGUAUUGUAUUUUGUAUCGGCAUUUUCCUUCUCUUUACAAGUAGUGUAUCUUUGUGAGAAUCCAGAUCGCGCAGAUGUACGAUAGCGCUUCAAGUCGUCUAGAGUUAGAGAGCGGAAACAGAACGAAUGAAAUGUAGAGGUUCUCGUCGAGUUCAUGGCUUAG